CUUCCUCCGACGACAUUUACCUUCCAUGGCUCGAUAGCCUGUUCCAGGGCAAAUUAGGGUUUGGCAAUCAGCGGCGCACCACGAAACCCUCACCAAAAUCCCCCCAAUCCCUAACCCUUCCUCGGCCGGAGGCAGAAGCCCCAGCAAAGGGGAAGAGCUCUGCCGCCACUCCGCCGCAAAUGGCGUCCCUCUUCAAGGACCCGAGUAAGCUGUCCGCGUACCGGGACCGGCGGUUCUCCGGGACGCAGGAGGAGUACGAGGCGGCGCUGCAGGCGUCGACGACGGUGUACGUGGGGAACAUGUCCUUCUACACCACGGAGGAGCAGGCCUACGAGCUCUUCACCCGCGCCGGCGAGAUCAAGAAGAUCAUCAUGGGCCUCGACAAGAACUCCAAGACCCCCUGCGGCUUCUGCUUCAUACUGUACUACUCCAGGGAGGAUGCUGAAGAUGCAGUCAAAUAUAUUAGUGGAACGAUGCUUGACGAUCGCCCAAUUCGUGUUGAUUUCGAUUGGGGCUUUGAAGAAGGCAGACAAUGGGGCCGUGGGCGGAGUGGUGGACAAGUAAGGGAUGAGUAUCGUACAGACUAUGAUCCUGGAAGAGGUGGCUAUGGUAAGAUGGUUCAGAAAGAGCUAGAAGCACAACGUGAAUUAGUUGACUAUGGUACUGGUGCUUUUCAACCUAAUGCACCGCCUCAAUAUGACAGGGGUGACAGGAAGAGAGGAUAUGGAGACUCCUACCGGAACGACAGAGAUUACCAACGGAAGCGUUACCGGAAUGAUGCGCAAAGAGCGCCUGACUCAGACUCCAAGAGAGAUACAAAUGAUUCGGAGAAGAAUCCUAGAUUCCGUGAGAAAGGUGAUUCUGAUGAAGAAGACGAUGAUUACGAUAAGAGGCGACGGCGCUGAAUUUAAGGAACGAGUGCUGACAUGCGAAUGUCCAGUGACUGGAGUAGUGACGCGUCAAGCUUGUGUUUUACCUAGUGUACCAUAUUACUUGAUAUUUCUGUCAGCAGUUCAUCGUUUAUGUUUAACCUCAUAAUCAGUUCAGUUCCUUUCUAUGUUGCACAUUGGUUCAUCAACAUCGCAUGGGACUGGGAAGGGAUUAUGCAUCAGCUAUCCAUGAGAAAUUUAGCUCCAUUGACAUUUUUGGCGUGUGUGCGCUAUUUAAUUAGAUUGGCUACUAAUUUGCCUUACAAGGAUUCUAAGACCCAAUGGCAAGAGCACACUAAUCGGUUCA